AAAUGCUGGAGAGCUGCUGCCAGUCAGUGUAGACAAUACUGAGCUACAUAGGCCAAUGAUCUGAUUCAAUAUAAGGCAGCUUGAUAUGUUCCUAAGGGAUGACCACAAAAGGGCCCUCCCGGUGCUCUGGCCUGCAGCAAAUGUUGUACUGGUACAAAUGUUGUGCUUUUUCCUUUAUGUUACAGAGAGGGAAAGUAAAAGGAAGUGUGGAUGGAUAAAUGGAAGAAUGUGUUCUCAACUUUGGCUGGCUUUGCGCAUGAUUUUUUGUUACCCGGUUUCUGGUUCCAAAGGCAUCAAAAGUAACAGCACGGAAAAAGUCAAUUCUAUCCAGUACAUCUUCAUCGAUUUUGAUGCCUGGGAGUAUGUGGGAUGUGACCAUAUUUGGGCUGGCCUUGUUGCUACGCUGCUUGAUGAAAUUGAAGGAAAUAAUAAGUUUCUUUUUAGCCUUUUUAGGGUCUCUGGCUGCAAAGCUAUGGAGAAAAGUGAGAAAGGGAAAUUUGUUUUUAAAGGAAGGAGGGGGCUCGUCAUUCCCAUUGUAUCGGGUUUGCUUAUUCUUUUAGCGGCAUACAGGAACCUAAUGGAAGAUGUGUUCCAGGAGAUCUUCGGAUUCGUGGCUAUAACAGGGAGUCUUACAUUGAUUUCUCCUUUAAUACUUGCUUGUAAAAACUUCUACUUCACAUUGAAAAAGGAACUUCUGACAGAAAUGGACAAAAAGACUCUCAGUGCCAAGCUAGGCUUCAUGCACUUUGUGAAGGAAGAAGUGAAAAUAAUCACAAAGUUCCUACAAUUCAUGGCGUUCCAGGAGGGCCGAGAGAUCCGGGUGGUCCUGAAGAUCACCAAUUUGGACAAGUGCACACAGGACAAAGUGGUAGGUGUUCUGGAUGCGAUCAACAUACUUCUUUCCGACAAGGAUGCCCCAUUUAUCUCCAUCUUGGCUGCCGAUCCAAGCAUCCUUGUGGAUUGUAUUAAGAAAGAAAAGCAAAACACGAAUGGCUACUUGUACUUAGACCGAAUUGUGUCCUUGCCCUUCUCCGUGCCAAAGAUGACCCCUAAGGACGAAGAAGCCAACAGCGAGGAAAAAAUAUUAAUCCAUGAUUUGCUGAAGAAUUACAAGUACAUCACAGGGGAUUCUGCCCAACUGAAAAGGGUGCUGAACACAGUCCUGACCAUCUCUAAGCUGACACCAGAGACUGCUGGCAUACAUAGAGAAAAAAUAAAAGAGGUGAUAGACUGGGUUGUUCUUGCCAACUCUUGGCCUUGCCGCCUGAGCUGGAUUUUGCAGUGUGAGGAAGAUAAUCGACAGCAAAGAAAACUUGAGGAAAGCCAGGCAGCAAACCCAAAUGUGAGGCAGGGCAAUGGCAGAAGAAACCAACAAGGGACACAAGACAAGAAAACAUUACUGCAAAUUUACAACGACCAUGAGUCAGAAUUGGCUGACUAUAAGGGGAAAGAUAAUAUACAAAGCCUCCUGGAACUUGAUGGAGAUCCUGAUAUUUUCAAAAGCUUCUUGGUCAACAAGGAGAGGAGUUUCACAGCAGAGAAGGUCAGGUAUUUUGCAAACCUUCUGUUCAAUUUGGAUUACUCUUUGAAAAGGCCAUUUGAGUUGCUCCGAGGUCUGAAGAACAUACGGAAAAGCGAGGAACGACAACAAGAGCAGGCAAAAAUAGUCACCAGUCUUUGA